CGCAGGUAACGACAGCCUCACCUGUCCGCCUUCACCGCACGUGGAGCAUUUUCCACCGUGUUUAAGUGUUGGGCUUGGCACAAGGCAUGUGUUGCGACGACCUGGAGGAGCCGCUGGGCCUGAUGAAGAUGGGUCUGAGCGUGAUCCUCGUCGGUCACGUCAACUUCCUGCUGGGGGCGCUGGUGCACGGCAUCGUGCUCCGGCACAUCAACCUGCACGAGAAGGCGCGAGGCAUGGGCUACGCCAUCUCCAACGUGGUCACGCUCUUCUCCGGCAUGUUGGGUGUCAUCGUUGGGAUCCUAGCUAUUAUCCUGUCGAAAAACAAGAAGAGCAAACGCCUGACGUGGUCCUUAUUCUCCAUCAGUCUGGUUUCGUCGCUCACGGCAGGAGGUUCCACCAUUGGCCUCUUCUUGUCUCUAGUGAAGACCAUCAUCAACGGCGGGCGGGUACUCCUGACUCACUGCCGCUUUCCCGAUGCCAUCGGCUACUCCAGCGUUACCAACGAGUGUCCUUUUGACCCCACCCGUGUCUAUAGUACCACUAUUAUCCUCUGGGUUGGUCUGAUUGUAUCGUGUAGCAUUCAGAUGGUGUUCUCUGCUCGCUGCCUUGCCGCCUGUGUUUCUUUCUUGGGGCUGUCUGGUUGCCCCAAAAGCAAGAGACAUAAAAAAACCUAUACCAGAACCAUCAAUGUGGCAAAGUCGGCAAAGGAAACCUCUCAACCUCACUACACCGAGCCCCCAAGAAGGCAACACGACACUUUACGAGUCUACACCGAACCUCCUAAAGUCCAUAAUACAUCACCUAGACGUCACACGGACCAACCAAGACGCCACGAGCAACGUUCACAGCUCUACACCAACCCUCCUGGAGACCACAGUAAACCAACCAGACAUCACAAAGACCCCCCAAGAAGCAACAACAAACCAUUAAGGCAUCCCACUGCACCUCCAAAACUGGAGCGUCACACUCCUCAAAGGGCCCUUCCUUCCCACAACCAAAGUCUUCCCACCUCAGAGAGGCAGCCUCUUCGGCAUUCUCACCGAGACGGGUCGGACAUAGAACACCAAGACAUGAGGAGCUGCAGUCAACAAAGAGGGCGGGGGGAGCACAACCUGAGGAGGAGUACGUCCGACAGAUCAAGUCUUUGGAUAUAGUUGUUUGUGAGGCCAAAUUGUCUUUAAAUACACUUUACUUGUUGCUGCAGUAGUAUUCAAGUCUCCAGCAUCACACAGACAGAACUCCCCUUGUGGGAUAAAUCGGCUUUCAAAAGCCGUAUACUGAAAGGAGACUUUUUUUUAUUUUCAUAGUGCAUUUUCAGAAAGUUUGGGAAGAACAAGAAAUUUGUACAAGAUGCAGCAUACAUGGGGCGUUAUUGCUCAUCUUUCUGUUUGUAAUGUUUGGAUUAUGUUAGAGAAAACUGCACUUAAUACUUAGAACAUUGAGAACGUGCCAGUAUCCCUGACGACAUGAAGAACUGUUUUAUUUUCAGCUAUGAACUGAAAGAUUAAAUGCCUUGCUGAAAAAUAAGGUUUGCCAAGUUUGCCUUUCAGAGAUAGCAUAGCCUCCAUGCUAACUUUAGCUGCUAGCAAGCUGGUUCUUUUGUGAAAGAAGACCAGAACCAGCAAUAUGUUUGU